AUGCUCCGCUUCGUACUAUGCGGGAGACGCCUGGAGGGGGUGCUGCGGGUCACCUGUAGGGGUGCGGUGGGGGGCCGCCUAUGUGCGGCCAGAGGAGGAGAGCGGAGCCUGGUGUGCACCUCCCAGGUUCUACCUGAUUGGAGGCCGGCUCGUAUCUUCAGCACGUCAUCCAGUCCUUCACUACCUGAUGAAGACAGAUUGGUCUACACCGGUAAUAUGACCAAGGCAGUCCUCGGUGUGAAGUUCUUCUCCUAUUCCACCAGCAUGGUUAGCUUGGCUCUUCUGCCGUAUAUUUUGACAAAGACUGGCAUUGGAGUGGAAAGCCUUGUUCUGAAAGUAGCUUUCUGUGGUGUGGUGGGAUUCUUCACCUUUGUCACCCCCGUUACUCUGCACUUACUAUCAAAGGGCUAUGUGGCUUCCUUGUAUCACAACAGUGACAAAGACUUGUACACCGCAGUUACAUAUAACGUCUUUCUUGCAGAAAAGAGGACUGUGUUUUCUCCUGCCGAUGUGGAGGUACCUGGUGUGAGUAGGAUGUUCACAACCUUCUAUGCUAAGAAGAAAUCAAUGCUGCUUAAUCCAGACCUGUUCCCAAAUCCUUGGGACUACCAUCACCUUAUGGGCUAUGAUAAACCUUUCUCCUUUGAUCCUGAAGAUCUGAAUAAACCCUCAAAGGACCAAUAAAAAUGUUC